ACGAACCGAAGAACGAAUCUGUCGUGCGUGAAAUAACGCAGACCGAUCGGCUGAAUAAGAAGCUGCUCGUGUCGGUUUUGGAGCGUAUGAAAAAAUCAGACGGGCAGUUUGACAAGUUUAUGGAGGACGAGAGAGGAAAUUGCGAAUCGCACGACGACAGUGACUUCUAAGACGACCGGUAUCCGGUAGAAGAAUUUGCAAGUGGUGCUUAAAUUUAAUCAAGAUACUUUACACUAUACAUCAUGACGGAUAUUCCCGAUUAUGAGGGUGAUGAUGAUAUCGUGGAAUAUUAUGAAAAUAAAGAAUCCGAUGAUGAGCGUGGUAGCCUUGGGAUGGCAGGAGAAGCAACUUCUGAUAAUGAGGCAGACACUGGGCGAAGAAUCGAUCCAUCAAAGUCUAAAACACAUACAGUUAGAAAUCCUAUGCCCAAACUGAAUACAGAGCGAUUGAAAGGUCCCAAUGGUAUUCACACUAUUGAAAAAUAUUUUGAGGGUUUUAAGUUUUAUGGCAAAGGACAUGAGAAAACGGAUCUUGACAGAAUUAUGAAAAGAUUGGAACAUUGGUCCUAUCGAUUAUUUCCAAAAUACCAUUUUGAUGAUUUUCUUACAAGAGUCGAGCAACUAGGGACAAAGAAGGAUCUGCAGGUGUUUAUGAAAAAGUAUCGAUUGGAUAUGCUCACUUCAGAUGAUGAUUUAAUUAUCCAUGAUAACAUGGAUAACGAAGAAGAUCAACCAGAGAAUGCACCUCUGGAUGAUUUCGAUUUAUUGAUAACAGAACAAAUUCAAAAACAAAAGCAAGCUGAAGCACGAAAUUCCAUGCCUACUGCAGCUCCGAGCAUUUCUAACGAGGAUGCUUUUGAUGAACUUCUGAUGCAAUCUAAUAAUUUAUCAAAUUCACAAAUACAAUCCACAAGCACUGCCAAGGAUGAAUUGAACGAUGAGAUAAAAGAACGAAUCGAGAGAAACAAACAACUGGCUAUUCAAAGAAGACUUCAGCGACAAAAAGAACGUGAAGGAGAACCUAAGAGGACUAAAUUGAUUGAGCGCACAAACGUAGAAACUCUAAGUGAAAACAAUAAUCCUAUAACAGUUUACGAAGGGACAAAUACAUCUCAAGUCGAUAGUACGCAGUCACAACUCAAUGAAGAUGCAAAUGAAGUAUUUGCUAGUAAAUCGGAAGAAAUACUAUCGAAUGAGAAGCCAACAACAGAUCGUAUUUAAGCAACUUAAAAUAUAUAGUAAUAUAAAAUUUUUGUUACAUCCACACAUAUAAGAUUAAAGUAUCAUUUAGAAGUAUUUAUCAUAUAAUAAAAAUUAUCGCUUUAUACCUGUAAUUAUUGUAGAAGUAAGCCAAAAUGUAGUUGUUACAAAUGUUUAUGCAAAGAUCAAUUUCCAAUAUACUUAAUAAACAAAAAUUUAAUUUUUAUUGAAAUUUA